GCCGUCGUCGGCGUCAUACUCGUGCAAUCCUCUGCACCUCCUCCGCCCUCGCCGCCCCGACGUGAUUUGGCGACGCGCCAUGUCCAGACAGACCACCACGGCCGCCUCGUCGCCCUAGGAACAUGUCUUGAUGCUCGCAACCUGCUGCCACUAGCGCCAUGCCACUCACGUACGGAGAGCCGGGGCAGACGGCGCGCUUUGCCCACAUCUUUGCGCGCCUGCUGGAGCUCCAGGACUAUGUCUGGGACUCGAACGUCGAGCCCUUCCACUCGUCCUACGACAACUGGCACUUUUUUGGCCACCAGCGAGCCCGCCUCGAGCGCGUCGCGAGGACCCGCACCUCGCGCUCGCCCGACUCGAGCCGCCCGUCGCUCAUCCGCAGCCACAAGUCGACGGGGAGCGAUGCGGGCCCUGCCACUGCCCAACUGCCACCACCACCCCCACCCCUUUCCGAUACAGACACGCACCGCGAGGGGCGUCCCGUCGUCUGCCGCGUGUCCAAGCACAGCCUGCGUCUCGAGCGCGAGUUCCAGCUGUCCAAGCAGGUCAUCAAGAAGUCGGACCCAGAAGCCAGGCAUUUUGUCCGCCCCAUCGAGUUUGUGAGGCUGGCCACCAAGACGGGAGAGCAGCCCCUCGUGGCCAGCAUAUUCGAAGCCCCCGGCGAGAACUACCUCAAGGACCUGGUCACGUUUGGGCCCAACUGGUACAACUUCGUCAAGCAAGACAACACCUCGCUUCCUCACUCAUUGCAGCCCGCGUGCGGUGUGCCGCUGCUUACUUUUCUAGACUUUGCCGUCGGAGCAACAGAGGCCCUGUCCAUCCUGCACCAUGGACACCAGAUCGUCCACGGCGAGCUCCGUGGCGACGCCUUCCACUUUGCCCAGGACGGCAUCGUCAGGAUGAUCAACUUUGGAAGUGGCGCUAGGUCUUUCGAGAAUGGCCUCACCUCCGCAGGCUGGAACGCACUCAGCAGAGAAGUGGGAAUCGAGCUCAAGGUCGCCUUCAUUGCCCCGGAGCAGACAGGCCGUAUGCCUGCAGAGCCCGACAGUCGCACCGACAUCUACAGCCUUGGCAUCCUUUUCUACACCAUGCUCUGCGGCGUCACGCCUUUCGACGGCUCGACGGCCCUCGACGUCAUGCAAAACGUGAUAAGCAAGCGGAUCCCCCACGUAUCCACCAGACGCAUGGAUGUGCCAGAGGCUUUGGGAAAUGUUAUCCAACGCAUGACGCAGAGAAACAUCGAGGACAGGUACCACUCGACAUCUGGCUUGAAGUUUGACUUGAUUCGAAUUCGCGAGCUCUUAUCCGAAGGGGACUGCGCGGGUCUACAAUCUUUCCAAGUUGGCGCCAAAGACAUAAACUGCUUCUUCAACCUCCCCUUGAAGCUCAUUGGCCGAGAAAAAGAACGCCAGAAGAUCGUUGAUGCAAUUGAGCGUAUGACAAGAUACCGAAAAGGAGGAGCAAACGUCAUGAACAGCCUAAGUUCGAGUUCCACCUACUCUGAUCCGCGGCUGGAUCUUCACCUUGACGAAGCCACUUCCGAUAGCACAAGCUCCAGGGGCUCAGUGGAGCGCUUCAACAGUGUAUCCACCACCGGUCCAGUGUUUCUCGAUGCGGCACGUCAGCCACGGUCGCAAGAAAGUAUAACUCGGUCGGAUGGCUCGAUGAACGAAGAAAGUCCUGAGACCCGACCACAACUACAUCUAAUCAGCCGAGGCCAUUCAAACAACAGUAUCGAAGGCUCUUUGUCCUUCUCACGAUCCAAUCAAUCUAACGAAGGCGCGGCUUUUCGGACAAUGUCUAACACUAGAAAACUAAGACGAAAGACUCGCUGCGAAGUGGUCGCAAUUGAAGGAAGUACUGGGUUGGGCAAGUCCCGCUUAGUCCGUAGUGUCCAGAGUGCUGCACGAAGUUCUGGCUACUUCGCCGCGGCCAACUUUGAUCCUGCUAAAAAGGCCCCCUUUGAACCCAUCUUGAAGCUUAUGUCUUCUUUGUUUCGACAGAUCUUCAGCGAAGCCGAUGUUACGACAAGCUUUCACCACAGCUUACGGCACUUUCUCAAGACUACAGGUGUCUGGGCGGUGCUUCGCGGCUAUCUAGAUCUGCCGGAAUGGCUCUUAGAUACAGGCGGAGUUCCUAAAACCCCGCAACAACGCGAUGGUGGUAUGACCAAGGAGCUGCGGCGACGGUCGUCUUCGCCUGCCAUUCAAUGUGGUGCAUCUGGGCAUACUGCAGAAGCCUGGCUUCGAAGUGGAGGAGCAUCCAAGUCAACCAGAUUCAUGAACGUUUUCAUUGACGUGCUGCGUCUCCUCGCAACCCAGAAACUAUGUAUCUGGACGUUAGAAGACGUCCAGAAUGCUGAUUCGGAGAGUGCAGAACUCAUACAGCACAUCGUCCAAGCCAAGAUUCCACUCGUGAUCAUCUUUACCUACAACAACGAAGACUCGCUACCACGAGAGCUGCGCUCCUUGCUUCAUGAAGCAUCAAAAAUACAGCUAUCACCAUUCACUGAAGCGCAAACUACAGAAUACGUCAGUGAGACGCUCCAUCGAGAUCAACAAUACAUCCUUCCUCUUGUUGCCGUCAUACAAGAGAAGAGCCGAGGAAAUCCGUUCUACAUCAGUCAGAUCCUAGACACAUGCUAUCGAAAACAGUGUGUCUACUACUCAUGGCGAGAGAACGAUUGGCUUUUCGAUCUUGACAAGGUUUUUGAGGUCUUCGAGAGUCCUGAAUACGGCUCUUCAGUCACCAACGAUUUCAUCUCAAAGAGAUUGCUCGAGUUGCAUCCCGCCACUCGUAAACUUCUCGCGUGGGCUUCGUUGCUGGGUAGUGUGUUUUCCUUCGAGUUGGUCAAAACGGCACUCAGCGCAAAGAACGCCCCUGCAAAUGCUACCAGGUUACCACUCCUUGGCGAGAACGAGUCCGUAGUGGCAGCACUCAAUGGUGCUCUCGAAGCUUUUGUUUUGAUGAAUGCAGACGAGGAGGCCAGGUUCCGUUUCAGUCACGAUAGAUACCUCACGGCAGCUGCGAACGCCGUCGAAAAGGAAUGGGACACGGAGCUGAUGCACUACGUCAUUGCGAAGAUAAUGAGCACAGGUGGCGUUGAGUAUACAGACGACACCACCAUCGGCUCGAAAGCUCUAUACAUGCGUAGCCGCCAUAUAUGUCUCGCCGCCGAGCUAAUCAAAGCGAAGGAUUCGCAUCGCGCCCCUUUUCGAGAUGUCCUCUACCAGGCUGGAGAGACGGCUUGCGAGUCUGGUGCUAGAUCGACAGGGAUCUAUUAUUUUGCUCAUUGUCUCAUGCUCCUCCAAGACGAUCCAUGGGAUGACACGAAGCCUGAUGUCUCUUACCAAGAAACACUACAACUCUUUGUACGGUCGGCCGAGUGCUAUUGGCACCAAGGCAUGCUCGAUGAGGCGCUUAGCUUAAUCCAGACCACCUUCAAACAUGCCCGUGAUCCUUGCGAUAUGGCAAGCUCGUUCGUCUUACAGUCGCGUGUACUUACUGUCCGCGGAGACAGCUUUGGAGCGUUCCAGGCACUUAGAGAUUGCCUGUCUUUGCUCGGAUGCACAAUCUUGCCAACAACGUGGGACGAGUGUGAUGCCGACUAUCAGAAGAUUUGUGUAGUUCUGCAGAGCACUGAUAAAGACGCCUUGCUCACUCGCCGACCAUCGGUAGACGACCGUAUCUAUUUUGCCAUGGGCCCGAUAUUCAUUGAGCUCCUCAGUGCUGCCUUUUGGUCAGACAGUUUGCUAUUCUACCAGGCCACACUUAAGCUGAUCAACCUUCAUCUGGAACGAGGCAGCAUACCACAAGUCGCGCUCGCUUAUGUUCACCUUGGAACCAUAGCCACAGGCCGUUUCAAUAUGAUAGGUUUCGCGGUCGAUAUGGGUGCUCUUGCCAAUCGGCUAUUCGAUAUGUAUCCCGAUGAUAACUACAUGCUUGGUCGGGGCCGAACGCUGCAUGCGUUGUUCCUCGGCCCUCUAGGCCUACCCAUCUCGGACCUUAUGCCAGAUCUCCAUGGAGCGUUACAAUCCACCGUCACCGCUGGCGACCGUGUAUUGACACUUAUCAAUCUCGGUGUUCAAGCACUUUUCAGGAUCAUGGCAUCUUAUGAUGUCGCGGGACUCGAGUCUUGGAUCGAAGAAACACCGCUGGACACGAAGAAUUGGCGGCAAGAUUUACGAGGAGGUGUCUUUCUAACAGCAUGCCUUCAAUACACAAAAGCGCUUCAAGGCAAGACAGGCGUGCACGACGCUUCACUAGUUUUUGACGAUAAACAUCACACCUCUUCACUCUACGUCGAGUUCCUGGAGACGUCCGCGAGCAAUCCGAAGCGACCAAAGACCGUGUACCUUGCCAUAAAACUUCCGGCCUUGGUACUCUACGAGCACUACGAGGAGGCUAUCGCCCUAGGCGAGCUGCUAUUGCCCAUGCUGAGCAGUAUCUGGGGUCAAAGACUCGUUCAAUCCGUCAUGUACUACCUGGCAAUGGCAUACUUGGCUGUUCUCCGGGGGGACCCGGCCCAUGACCAAAAGGAAAAAAUGUUGGACCAUGUUCGAGAGACUCUGAAGCAGCUUGAGAUUUGUUGUGCUAUCACUGAUGUCAACUAUCGAGGCUGGAUUGACCUGCUCUCUGCGGAGUUGGACGACGUCAAUGGCGAUUCUCCAUCGGCAAUGCUAAGCUACGAGGCAGCCAUGGACCAUAGCGAAGUGAACAACUUCAUUCUCGAAGAGGCGUAUGCUUUCGAAUUGUAUGCGGGAUGGUUGAUUCGGAAAAAGGCCAAUAGGCUGGCUCGGCAUGCUCUCAAGGAUUGCAUCUCAACUUAUAGAAGGAUGUCGGCAUUUGGCAAGGCUAACCAUGUCGCGGCGAAGUAUGAGUGGCUGCUCCAGGGCACCAGAUCGCUCACGACAAUGGAUGUGGCUGUACAGACCACGGUCAUCGAUACCGGAAACACGACAUUCAGACUUGGACAAAACGAGGAUCAAGAUAAGUUCUUGAGCGCCGAAACUGCAGUCGAUCGAACACAGAAUUGGAUUGUCCCGGAGACUGUCAAGCAUCAAGAUUCACCGCACGAUCUGAACGGAUUCUCGGCCGCAGGCCUUGAUAUGUUGGAUUUGAGCUCCAUACUCGAAUCGAGUCAAGUGCUUUCGAGCGAACUCAAAGUCGACAAGUUGAUGGCCAAAAUGGCCACGAUCAUCCUCGAAUCGACAGGAGGCACACUGUGCGCCAUUGUCGUCGAGGACCCGCACAUUGAAUGGAGUAUUGCUUGUGUUGCAAACAACGAACCCGACAGCGACAGCGGCUUCUCUACAGGUGUGUCGUCGUACCCAGCUGGGCAACCUUUGCACAGUGUCGACGACGUGGUCGCACGGCAAGUGACAAUGUACACAUUGCGCUUCCGGGAGACAGUCAUGGUCCAAAACCUGCUGGAAGACGAUCGUUUCUCCAAGGUGUCGGAGUCGUAUCUCAAACGCAAUCCAGACGGCAAGGCGGUGAUUUGCAUACCAAUUGUCCACUCAGGUCAUCUACAAGGAAGCAUCUAUGUGGAAGGCCCGCCAAAUUCGUUCACCGAACGGAACACGCAGGUCCUGCGAUUGCUUGUCAACCAGAUAUCGAUAUCUUUGGCCAAUGCUUUGCUGUUCAAGGAGAUUGAGCGCGUCAGUGCUAGCAAUGAGGCAAUGUUGGAGAUGCAAAAGCGCGCACUCGCACAGGCGAGAGCGGCGGAGCUAAAGGCAAAAGAAGCUGAGGCGCUGGCCAUUCGGAACAUGAAGCUGAAGGAAGAAGCGGCCAAAGCGAAGAGUCUUUUCUUGGCCAACGUGUCUCACGAGCUGCGCACACCUCUCAAUGGCGUGAUUGGCAUGUCUCAACUACUCCUAGCGAGUACACUGAAUCAAGAGCAGUCAGACUACGCCGACUCGAUACGCGUGUGUGGUGACACACUCUUGUCGAUCAUCAACGAUCUGCUCGACUAUUCCAAGCUCGAGGCUGGAAAGAUGAACGUCAUGGAGAUGCCCUUGUCUCUCAACGAAACCAUCACCGAAGUGGUUCGGGCACUGGCCUAUACCAACGCCGAAAGAGGCCUCAAGACGAUCGAGCAGCUCGAGGUGGAUCCAGAGAUGCUCGUCAUGGGCGAUCCAGUGCGACUCCAUCAGAUUCUCAUGAACCUACUGUCCAACAGCUACAAGUUUACACCCAAGGGGUCAGUGACGGUGCGGGCAGUGGUUAAUGCUGAAGGCCCAGACUGGGUAGACGUGACGUGCAGUGUGAUUGACACUGGCAUUGGGAUCCCUGACGAGCAAAAGGAGAAGCUCUUCCGACCAUUUUCACAGAUUGAGUCUUCGUCGUCUCGUAGCUACGGCGGUACAGGUCUCGGGCUUAGCAUCUGCAAAGCGCUCAUUGAAAAUGUCAUGAACGGCAAGGUGUGGCUCGAAUCAACACCUGGACAUGGAACGACUGUCUCGUUUGCACUUCGGUUCAAGAAAGUGCCCAAGACACAGGCGGCAAAUCAGCAGUACACGCGCGAUCCGGAUCCCAUGGCCAAAUUCUCGGCGCAAGGGAAUAAUGGCCACGAGCAGUCGUCAGGGACUUGUAUCGAUCUCUCGACAAUUGCCAGAAACGAACUGAGGGUGUGCAUUGCCGAGGACAACCUGAUCAACCAGCGCAUCGCAAUCAGCUUUGUACAGAAACUGGGCUUCAAGUGCGACGCCUAUCUGGACGGGCUGAAGACGAUCGAUGCACUAGAACGUGCCAGCGACAACGGCCGCCCCUUCCAUCUCGUGCUCAUGGACGUGCAAAUGCCAAACUGCGACGGCUACGAAGCAACACGCCGUAUCCGCAAGCACCCCAACCCCGAAGUCCGAAACAUCCUCAUCAUCGCCAUGACCGCAUCUGCAAUCGAAGGCGACCGCGAAAAAUGCCUCGACUCGGGAAUGAACAACUACCUCGCCAAGCCCGUGCGCGCGCAGACUCUCAAAGCGCUGCUGGAGAGCUACCUCACCAAGGAAACACCCGUGCAAGACAUACCCAAUCUCGACACGGAGGCGGCCAAGCUGGUCAGAGAGGCGUUGGCCGAGGCAGAGAAAGGCAAGCUGGAUGAUGAGGCGAACAGGGAACAGUCAGCAAAUAGGGAGGAGGCGAAGAGCAGACCGAGACCUCCCAGCGUGCGCAUGAAUACUAUUCAACGGUGGCAUUCGCCGAAUGGGAGGAGGGGCUCACAGCCUGGGUCGCAUCCUGGGUCGCCGCCUCCUCCUGAGUCGUAGGGAGGUGUGCGUAUAUAUCUUUUUUGGCGUGGAAAUUGAGGGGUUCUGUUCUUCGACGGGGGGUUGUCUGAUUUGAUUAAGGUGGGUGGAUUGGUUUUAUGGUCUUGGAGGGGGGCGUUCCAGGCUUGGGUUGGGUCUGGAAUGGAUGGGUUGGUUGCAUUGGGUGGCGGCUUUUGAAUAGUACACAAGCAUAGGCAUUAUAUGGAUUUAUUGUUAUAAGGUUGGUUGGAUGGGGUUGUUAGAGUCUGUCUGAUUGUGUAUUACCCCUUUGCUUGCUUGCUUGUAACGCAUUGUAGUAGGUAUUACUGAU